CUUUCCAUGUCUUUCUCUCUUCUGCGUGUGAGGACUGUGUGACAGCUUUUCCUGCUGCUCGUAGUGAACGGCUGAAAGGGAGGGAACACACGGCAGCUUGUAAUGCGAACUAACCAGAGGCAAACGUACGUACUACCGAGCGGUCAUUGGACGGGGCUUUAAAGACUCUUCUCAGUUUGGCCUGUGUAAGGUAUUGAUGCCAUCAGCUCUGGAUUAAACUUCCCAAGAAGUCUGAUGCAGUGUGUGAUGCUGUACGAGAACAACUUUGAGACUUUUAUGUGACGACGGCCCAAGAUAUUCAGAGGACACGGGCAGAACCAGAGUGAGAAACUUGAUCCAUAUGAAACAACAGUGCACCAUGAGGAGGAACUGACUGCUUUAUAUGUAGGUUUGGAAACACAGGACAAAGCCAGGAUGAAUGUGAAAAGGAAGGAGAUGGAUUUCUUGAGCAACACCAUUGCUGCUUAUGCUCACAUUAAAGCAAAUCCAGAGAGUUUCGGCCUUUACUUUGUCAUCGGCGUCUGUUUUGGCCUGGUGCUCACUCUCUGCCUCCUGGUCAUCCGGAUUUCCUGCAAGCCUCGUGCCACUACGGCACCCUCCACUCCGGAGAAAAAACAGCUGAAAGAAUACAGUGAGGAGGAAGAGGAAGACGAGGAGAGUGAUGAUGAUGAGGAGGAGGAAGAUGCAGGAGGCCUGGAGUCUUCGGUCCGACACAGCACCACAGAGAUCCCCAUGAGCAACCACCUCAUCACGCCAGAUGGGACUCUGAGCAGGAACGUGUUCACCUCAGCCGAAGAGCUGGAGCGGGCACAGCGAUUGGAGGAAAGGGAGAGGAUCAUCAGGGAGAUUUGGAGAAAUGGGCAGCCGGAUAUCCUGGGAACAGGCACGGGCACUAUUGGAAGAGUGCACUACUAUUAAUGGUCCCAGAGACUCCUGGGCAUAAACUCAAGCCAUUUCACUGCUUGAGUGCAGUACUUUUAAAGACUGUUAGUGGAUGGUGUUUCAAUUAUAUAUUUUUUAUAUGUUGGACUGAUGUUAUUGUAAUCCUACAGACUAUGGGUACAGCCGUUUUGUAUGCAACAUUUGGACUGGGAAUGUUGCUAUCAGACCCCCAAGUCAUGGUGCUUAUUGAAAAGUCAUUCUGACUUUAUUGUCUUUAUUGUCUGAGAGUUGAUGUUUAAAAAAAAUAUUUGUGAAUUGCAGGUGAUAAUUAGAAGCUCACAGAAAGCAAAUGCACUUUUGCACUAUGCCAUUUAUUGUUUGUUUUCUGAUGAUUUUUUUGUCAUUUAAAAAGAUCCCCCAUGUAAGUCACAUCAAGCCUUAACUCAAAGAUUGCCAAAGAAUGCACAGAUAUUAAAAUUCAACAUCGACAAGAUAAUUAUUUUCAUGAUUUAGUAUUUUGUCUAAAUAAAGAAAAAAUAAAACAUUAUUUUAUAUGCUAUUGCUUUAAAUGCUAUAAUUGGAAUGGGAAUCACAACAUUAUAAUGUACAAUAUGAAAAUAGGAUAUUUACUUUGAUAUUUGAUAAAUAUUACAUUAAAGGUACACUAUCUAACUUUUUUGUUCAAAAUUAACUACAUUUAAAUGAGUCAAUAUUUUACAUCAAUCCUUCCUCCAAACUGUGUUUUUGGCUUAUGGUAAGCGUUUUAUAAGUGUAUAUAUUUUAGACCUGUUGGAAUGCUUUUCACAGGAAAUUGUGUAUUUAUUACUGUACAUCCCUAACGUCCUAUACAUGUUGUCUAAAUGUGAAUAGGUAAAAGUUGUUGGAGUGGCAUAGGUUAGCUGUCACAAUGAGUGAGAAAGGUUGACAUGGAGCACA